CACAUAUAAAAGGGGUUUCGGAGAGGCGGAAACCCAAAGAGGCACAGAGAGGUAUAUAUGGAGAGAGAGAGAGAGAGGCCCAGAGAGGACUGAUCUUCUUGUUGCCGGGGGAAGACGGGCUAUUCUGGAAACCCUAGGUCUCUCUGCUUUCCCCGCUUCUUUAGCCAGAAAAUUGGAAGCAAAGGAUAGUCCUUUUUACGCGAGCUGUGGCAAGUGAAGAAUUUAUACAAGUGGAACUUGUUCUGGAAGGAUCACAUACUAUAUUUGUCGAAUUCGUUGUUAUUGAUAUUUUGCACUGGAGUCGUUCGGGGUACCAGGUGUAGGAGGCAUGUCGUCCCUGAGCAGGGAACUGGUUUUCUUAAUCUUACAGUUCUUAGAUGAGGAGAAGUUCAAGGAAACAGUUCAUAAGUUGGAACAAGAGUCUGGUUUCUUCUUCAACAUGAAAUAUUUCGAGGAUCAAGUCCAAGCAGGUGAAUGGGAUGAAGUUGAGCGUUAUUUAUGUGGUUUCACAAAGGUUGAGGAUAACCGGUACUCAAUGAAAAUUUUCUUUGAAAUCCGGAAACAAAAAUACUUGGAGGCUCUGGAUAGAUAUGACCGUGCGAAGGCUGUGGAGAUUCUCGUGAAGGAUCUCAAGGUUUUUGCUUCCUUCAAUGAAGAACUCUUUAAGGAGAUCACCCAGCUACUUACUCUUGAAAAUUUUAGGCAGAAUGAGCAACUUUCCAAGUACGGGGACACAAAGUCUGCUCGGAAUAUUAUGCUAGUUGAGCUUAAGAAGCUUAUAGAGGCAAAUCCAUUGUUUCGUGACAAACUGACAUUUCCAACAUUCAAGGCUUCAAGAUUGCGAACAUUGAUAAAUCAGAGUCUUAACUGGCAGCAUCAACUUUGCAAGAACCCUCGCCCGAACCCUGAUAUCAAAACACUUUUUACUGAUCACACUUGUGCUUCUAGUAAUGGAACCCGUGCGCCUCCACCAACUAAUAGCCCUCUUGCGGGACCUGCUCCUAAGGCUGGUGGUUUCCCCCCUAUUGUAGCCCAUAGCCCAUUCCAACCGGUUGUCUCUCCUUCUCCAAGUGCCAUAGCAGGGUGGAUGUCGAAUGCUAAUCCUUCUAUGCCCCAUGCUGCAGUUGCUGCAGGUCCCUCUGGUCUUGUGCAGCCUUCUGGUCCAGCUGCAUUCUUGAAGCAUCCAAGAACUCCUCCAGGUGCUCCCGCAAUGGAUUAUCAAACUGCAGAUUCUGAGCAUCUAAUGAAACGUAUUAGAUCUGGCCAAUCCGAUGAGGUGUCCUUUUCGGGUUCAACACUUCCUCCCAACAUUUAUUCGCAAGAUGAUCUUCCAAAAUCUGUUGUGAGGAAUCUUAGCCAAGGAUCUAAUGUGAUGAGCAUGGAUUUUCAUCCACAGCAGCAGACUGUUCUUCUAGUUGGGACAAAUGUUGGUGACAUAAGCAUUUGGGAAGUUGGAUCUCGGGAAAGGUUAGCACAUAAACCUUUCAAGGUUUGGGACAUCUCAGCUUGUUCAAAGCCUUUGCAGACAACUUUGGUGAAAGAUGCUACCAUAUCGGUUAAUCGAUGCAUUUGGGGCUCAGAUGGAUCUAUACUUGGUGUUGCUUUCUCAAAGCAUAUUGUUCAGAUAUAUAUGUACAAUCCAGCAGGGGAGCUAAGACAUCACUUAGAAAUUGAUGCUCAUAUUGGUGGCGUUAAUGAUAUUGCAUUUGCUUUUCCUAACAAGCAACUCUGUAUUGUCACAUGUGGUGAUGACAAAACAAUCAGGGUCUGGGAUGCUGUAGCUGGACGCAAGCAGUAUACAUUCGAAGGUCAUGAAGCUCCUGUAUAUUCUGUCUGCCCUCACCAUAAAGAGAAUAUUCAGUUUAUUUUCUCCACUGCUAUUGAUGGAAAAAUUAAAGCAUGGCUUUAUGAUUGUUUGGGAUCGAGGGUUGAUUAUGAUGCCCCUGGACUUUGGUGCACUACGAUGGCAUACAGUGCUGACGGAACCAGGCUUUUCUCUUGUGGAACAAGCAAAGAGGGUGAAUCACACCUGGUAGAGUGGAAUGAGAGCGAAGGAGCUAUUAAGAGAACAUACUCUGGAUUUAGGAAGCGCUCUCUAGACGUUGUACAGUUCGACACAACAAAGAACCGUUUCUUAGCUGCUGGAGAUGAAUUCCAGAUAAAGUUUUGGGAUAUGGAUAAUACCAACCUACUGACAGUUAUUGAUGCAGAUGGAGGAGUGCCUGCAAGCCCUAAACUAAGAUUUAACAAGGAAGGUUCAUUGCUUGCUGUUACAACCAACGAUAAUGGAAUCAAGAUUUUAGCUAACACUGAUGGGCAGCGCAUGUUGAGGAUGCUAGAGAACAGGGCAUUUGAAGGGUCUCGAGGUCUUUCUGAAUCUGGCAAUGUUAAACCUCCAAUAACUGGUGCACUAGGGACCAUCGCCAAUGUUUCUGGCCCGCUAGUUCCAAACCCAGAGCGUUCUGAUAGAAUCCAACCAACUGUAUCCGUUGGCACUCUUGCUGGAGUUGAGAGCAGCAGAACACCUGAUAUUAAACCAAGGAUUUCAGAUAGUGUUGACAAAAUUAAAAGCUGGAAGUCCCCUGAUAUAGUCGACUCUUCUCAACUAAAGUCUUUACGUUUGCCUGAUCCAUGGAUGACAAGCAAGGUUGUUCGACUGCUUUACACUAAUUCUGGGCUCGCUCUUCUUGCGCUAGCCUCCAAUGCCAUUCAUAAGCUCUGGAAAUGGCAGCGUACUGAACGUAACCCAUCUGGGAAGUCUACUGCAUCUUCUGUACCACAGUUGUGGCAGCCUUCAACUGGGGCUCUUAUGACAAAUGACUUGAGUGACACUAAACCAUCGGAAGAGUCAGCUGCUCCUGCAUGCAUUGCAUUAUCUAAAAAUGAUUCCUAUGUCAUGUCUGCUUCAGGUGGGAAGGUCUCAUUGUUCAACAUGAUGACAUUUAAGGUGAUGACAACUUUCAUGCCUCCGCCUCCUGCAGCAUCCUAUUUGGCCUUCCAUCCACAAGAUAACAAUAUUAUUGCCAUAGGAACGGAGGAUUCUACCAUUCAAAUAUACAAUGUUCGGGUUGAUGAGGUAAAAACCAAGCUCAAGGGUCACCAGAAACAAAUCACAGGGCUUGCAUUUUCCCAGACUCUGAAUGUACUGGUAUCAUCUGGAGCUGAUGCACAGCUUUGUGUCUGGAACAUUGAUGGAUGGGAGAAAAGAAAAGCAAGGCCCAUACUAGCACCACCUGGUCACCCAUCUCCCUUGGUGGGGGAAACUAAAGUACAAUUCCAUAAUGAUCAAACCCAUUUACUAGUGGUCCAUGAAAGUCAAAUUGCUGUUUAUGAUAGCCAUCUUGAAUGCUUGCGAUCAUGGUACCCAAGAGAAACACUUUCUGCUCCCAUUUCCAGUGCAAUUUAUUCAUGUGAUGGUAUGCUGGUCUUCACUGGAUUUUGUGAUGGUGCUAUCGGGGUUUUUGAUGCAGACAGUUUGAGGCUUCGAUGUCGUAUAGCACCUUCUUCUUAUAUACCUUCAUCCGUUGCCAGUGGCGGCGGCAGUGCCUUUCCCGUGGUAAUCGCUGCACAUCCAUCUGAAUCUAAUCAAAUCGCAGUAGGGAUGAGUGAUGGAACAGUCCAUGUGAUCGAGCCAUCUGAUGCAGAGCCAAAGUGGGGUGGUUCAGCGCCGCAAGAAAAUGGGACUUUGACUUCGGUCCCCUCAAAUUCUGGUUUGAAUAGUCAGCCGUCUGAAACCCCUUCUAGGUGAACAUUAUGUAACACCAGUUUCUUGAUAUAGCUGUGGCACGCACGCAUAUGCAUAAUUUUUGCAAAAUAUAAAAACGGUUUGUAAAUUUUAAUCCCUUUUAAGUUAUUUUCAACAACAAAGGCUCGUGCUAGUCUACAGGUUAGUUUAAGUCAUAAUAUAUAUUUGGGGUGAUGAGGCCAUUCUCUUUGCCUUUAAGCUUUA